GUGCACCUGCCUGCGCUGGGCGCUAGAGGAGGGCGCGCGGGCCUGGGCUUGAGUGGUCGGAGGUCUCCAGGAGCCCUCAGCAUCCCUUCUUUCUCACUCACACACCCCAGCCUCACGCGUUAGGCGUCCCCCCAGCAGACGGUGAGCCGGUGGCGGGAGGGUAAAGGUGGACGUAGCUCGCCGCCACGCAAAUCACAGGACAGCCACAGCUUCUUUCUCAGCUGCCGGAGAGCACGUAGAAGAUGUUGAAUACUGUAUACUGUUUAUCAAUAUUAUUUCCUCAAGAGAAAGAAGAAGGUGCUGCCUCCAGAUCUUUUCUAGGGGAAUUCUGAGACAGAAGAUAUAAUAUCAAGUCCUAGAAGGAUUCUACCAUUUUCUUCUCCACUCUGAAGAGAUAUGGAAAUUAAUGGGUAACAUUUUGCGUGAAAAUUACUGAAUGCUUUUUCUUCUCAUCUCUGAGGCCUUCUGUGGAGAAUUAAUAGGAGGUUGAAUGCACGCAUGGAUAAAAUAGAUCAUCUUAAAGGAUUGCAGUUCCAAAAAUACAUCAGCAGGACUGGACAAGUUUGACAUAAUGAGAUUUCUAUUUUAGCUUGACUUCUGGAACUCUGAAGAAACUAUAAACUGAGCUACACAAAGUUCCGGGAGGGAAGUUUCUCCUCUAAAAUAUUCUAGCUGCAUAUAACAUUUUUCUUAUUCAGAUCCUUUGGAAAAUAUAUUUACUCAUCAAUUUCCUGAGGAAUAAAACUAUUAGACACUUAUCAACUUUUAAUAUAUGAAGUGGGACAGAAAGCAGCAAUUUUUAUCAUACUGGAAAAGAAAUUUAAUUAAAGAAACAGACGCCAGAAGGAAGAGAAAUCUCUACAUAAGCCCUGGUUGAGAUGGCGGAACCUUCCGGGGAUGCCUCAACUCUGCCUGUAACAGUGAAGAAAAAGAAAAGUCUAUCCAUUGAAGAAAAGAUUGACAUUAUAAAUGCAGUAGAAAGUGGCAAGAAAAAAGCAGAGAUUGCAGCUGAAUAUGGGAUAAAGAAAAAUUCAUUGUCUUCUAUUAUGAAGAAUAAAGACAAGGUUCUAGAAGCCUUUGAAUCUCUGAGAUUUGACCCAAAGAGAAAAAGAUUGAGAACUGCUUUUUAUACAGAUCUGGAAGAGGCAUUAAUGAGGUGGUAUCGAAUUGCUCAGUGUCUAAAUGUACCAGUUAAUGGUCCAAUGUUGCGUCUAAAAGCGAAUGAUUUUGCCCAGAAACUGGGACAUAAUGAUUUUAAAUGCAGUAAUGGUUGGCUGGAUCGCUUUAAAUCCAGGUAUGGCUUAGUAUUCAGAGCUCAACCUGUAGAAGCCACAGGUGUGUCAGUAGACCCUUCAACUGUCUGGCAGCAAAACGUACUGCCUUAUUAUUUAAAUGAUUAUCAUCCUAAGAACGUUUUUAAUAUAAAAGAAACUGGGUUGCUUUACCGAAUGUUACCUACAAAUACAUUUGCCUUUAAAGGAGAAACAUGCUCAAUUGGAAAGUUAUGCAAAGACAGAAUAACUCUGGUGGUUGGGGCAAACAUGGAUGGCUCAGAGAAACUUCCUUUGCUCAUCGUUGGAAAAAACAGAAAUCCACAGUGUUUCAAAGGUAUAAAAUCAUUGCCUGUGUAUUAUGAAGCUAACAGGAUGGCAUGGAUGACCUCAGAUGUAUUUGAACAAUGGAUGCGGAAGCUUGAUGAGAAAUUUCAAGCCCAGCAACGAAGAGUGGUGAUUUUUGUUGAUUCUUUUCCUGCGCAUCCAGAGGUAAAGAACCUAAAGGCCAUUGAGUUGGCGUUCUUUCCAUCGUGUUUAUCUUCGAAAUUUAUAGCUAUGAAACAAGGUGUUAUUCAAAGCCUUAAAAUCAGAUAUCGACAUUGUCUUAUCAAGAAAUUUUUAAGCUCUGUUGAAGGCAGUAAAGAAUUUAUGUUUUCCUUACUAGAUGCAGUUGAUACAUUGCAUCUCUGUUGGAGGGCUGUAACCCCAGAGACUAUUGUGAAGAGCUAUGAAGAGGCAGGAUUCAAAUCUCAAAAGGAAGAAAGUGACCAGACAAAUGCAGAGACAGACACUGGUCUUGAUUUGGUUGCGCAUGCCCGGGCGGCAGGAGUGGAAUUUCCUGAAGGUUUAUCUAUAGAAGAAUAUGCUGCCCUGGAUGAUGAUUUGGAGACAUGUGAAGCAGUGCCGGAUGGUGAUUCGGUAUGGACCAAAGAAAAUAAAUCAGAUGAAACUGGAUUUUAUACUUCUGAUGAAGAGGAUGAUGGUGGAUCUCUAGGAACCGAACUCCCUUUACCAUCAAAAAAUGAGGCAAUAACUGCUUUAGAUACUCUUAAAAAUUUUCUUAGAAGUCAAGAUAUAAAUGAUGGGCUUCAUAAUUCUUUAGCAGAUCUUGAAACUUUUAUUAAUUCUUUAUCACCUAAAUAACUAUUUAUCGUACAACAUCUAAAGAAUAAUAGCUUUUCUUAAUGUAUUUUACUAUAUAAGGUAUAUAAAGGGAAAAUACCACUUAAACAUAAAAAAUGAAAAACUAGUAAUCUUUGGUUUAAUUGAAGAUGUCUUUGGUCUGAAUAGCAAAUUUCCCUAGGUAGAUUAAAUAUUGAGUAAGUAAAUGAAACAUAUGUAUUUCAAUUUAGCAAGAUUUUGGGGAGUAGAAAAUGUAUUUCAGAGGCCUUGUGCUUGAAACAUGGUAUAUACGUCAAAAGUAAAAGGAACUCUCCAGCUAUUUGAUUCAUACAGGUUGAACUGGUGAUUUCUAUUUUCUAUUGUUUUUAUCUUUUAAAUUCAGAUCAUGUUUUGGAAUAUUUUAAUUUGUCUACCUCAUCUAAGAAACAAAAUAUCUAUCUAUUGCUUAGAUAUUUAUUUUUAUAAAGACGUAUAUAUUCUAACUAGACUCUUAAGUAUCAAGUAUUAAUUUUAAAUUAUUUUUCUCAUUACUAGCUAGUCUUCCUAAUAAGAAAUUAUGAAAAACUACUUAGAAUAAAAUCUGACCCAAUUAUAUACCAAAAUGGUUAAAAAUAUAUGUCUUACUAUUUUCAAGUUAUUUCUAUGUAAGGUCAAAUGAAAGACUAUGACCUUAUCAGAUUUUUUUGGUCAUCUAUAAUCAGAAAAUGAUACGGAUUCUUCCUAAAUAUUUGUAUGUAUAUGUGUGUGUUUAAUAGAAAAAUGCAUUAU